CCGCGCCGCCCCCCGGAGCCUCCCCCGAGCCCGCUGCGCAGGAUGGGCGCCCUCCGCCCCACGCCGCCGCCGCCGCUGCCGCUGCUGCUGCUGCUAAUGCUGGGAGUCACUUCCUAUGCCCGGGAGGUGUUCGUUCCCCAGGGACCUCUGUACCGUGUGGUUGGCACAGCUGUUUCCAUCUCCUGCAACGUGAGUGGCUAUGAAGGCCCUGCCCAGCAGAACUUCGAGUGGUCCAUGUACAGGCCCGAGGCCCCGGACACCGCGCUGGGCAUCAUCAGUACCAAGGACAGCCGGUACUCGUACGCCGUGUUUGCGGCCCGAGUGGCGUCUGGCGAGGUGCAGGUUCAGCGUCUGCAGGGAGACGCCGUGAUGCUCAAGAUCGCCCGGCUGCAGACCCAGGAUGCUGGCGUCUAUGAGUGCUACACUCCGUCCACCGAUACCCGGUACCUGGGCAGCUACAGUGCCAAGGUGGAGCUGAGAGUGCUUCCAGAUUUGCUGCAGGUAUCUGCUGCCCCUCCGGGACCCCGAGGCCGCCAGGCUGCAACUUCUCCCUCACGCCUGACAGUGCAUGAGGGGCAGGAGCUGGCACUGGGCUGCCUGGCACAGACCAGCACACAGAAGCACACGCACCUGGCGGUGUCCUUUGGGCGAGCCGUGCCCGAGGCGCCGGUGGGGCGAGCCACUCUCCAGGAAGUGGUGGGCCUGCGGACCGACCUGUCCGUGGAAGCUGGAGCUCCCUAUGCCGAGCGGCUGGCUGCCGGCGAGCUGCGGCUGGGCAAGGAGGGGACGGAUCGCUACCGCAUGGUGGUCGGGGGUGUCCAGGCCGGGGACUCAGGAACCUACCACUGCACUGCUGCUGAAUGGAUUCAGGAUCCUGAUGGCAGCUGGGCCCAGAUCGCAGAGAAAAGGGCCGUCCUAGCCCACGUGGAUGUGCAGACACUGUCCAGCCAGCUGGCAGUGACCGUGGGGCCUGGUGAACAGCGGAUUGGCCCUGGGGAACCCUUGGAACUUAUGUGCAAUGUGUCAGGGGCACUGCCUCCAGCGGGCCGUCAUGCUGCGUACUCCGUGGGCUGGGAGAUGGCACCUGCAGGGGCUCCUGGGCCUGGCCGUCUGGUGGCUCAGCUGGACACAGAGGGUGUGGGCAGCCUGGGCCCUGGCUAUGAGGGCCGGCACAUUGCCAUGGAGAAGGUAGCAUCUAGAACCUACCGUCUGCGGCUAGAGGCUUCCAGGCCUGGCGAUGCCGGCACCUACCGAUGCCUUGCCAAAGCCUACGUACGAGGGUCUGGGACCCGGCUUCGUGAAGCAGCCAGUGCCCGCUCCCGCCCUCUGCCUGUGCACGUGAGGGAGGAAGGUGUGGUACUGGAGGCCGUGGCGUGGCUAGCUGGGGGCGCUGUGUACCGGGGUGAGACCGCUUCUCUGUUGUGCAACAUCUCUGUGCGAGGCGGCCCCCCAGGGCUGAGGCUGGCUGCCAGCUGGUGGGUGGAGCGACCAGAGGAGGGGGAGCUGAGCUCCGACUCUGCCCAGCUAGUGGGUGGAGUGGGCCAGGAUGGUGUGGCAGAGCUGGGGGUCCGGCCUGGAGGAAAACCCAUCAGUGUGGAGCUGGUGGCACCCCGAAGUCAUCGAUUGAGGCUGCACAGCCUGGGGCCCGAGGAUGAAGGCGUGUAUCACUGCGCCCCCAGUGCCUGGGUGCAGCAUGCGGAUUACAGCUGGUACCAGGCCGGCAGUGCCCGCUCAGGGCCCGUCACAGUCUACCCCUACAUGCAUGCUCUGGACACCCUGCUGGUGCCCCUGCUGGUGGGUACUGGAGUAGCUCUCGUCACUGGCGCCAGUGUCCUUGCCACCAUCACCUGCUGCUUCAUGAAACGGAUGCGGAAAAUGCGGAAACGGUGAUCCCUGGUUCCCCAGUUCUUGCAGGUGUCAACUGUCUUCCAGCCAGCGCCACGCCCUGCUCUGGUUGUCUGGAAUCCCUCUCCCUGUGCCCAGCCUUUAAUUUAUGUGACCUCCCCUACCCAGAGCGGGAGAUGUGGCCCCCUGCCCCAGGCCUUCCCCUCAAGUUCCUCCCUCUGGCCUUCUGUUCAUACUUAUUCUGUAGGAAGGCUAUUCCUGUCCUCAAACUAGUUUUCUAAAAUGUGAAUAAACUGGUUUUAUAAAA